GAAGCAAAACUCUGAAAUAUGUAAAAAAAGGAAUAAAUUGGUGCAAAUUGCUAAAAAUAAAAAUGAGAAAACAAACGAAAACAGAAACCCAAUAACUCAAGCUAAAAGGUGGAAAUAAAUAGCAGCGAUUUUGAGGCUCAGACGAACGUGGAAUUGACUUGACCCACAGAGGUGCACGAGCAGAAAGAGAUAGAUACAGCGGCGUAGAACGAGAGGCAGCGACAUACGAUGCGUGUGGUUGGGUGGCUCAGAGGUGGCUUAAUGCUCGCCCUGGCCGUAAUGGUAACGCAGGCACGUUUCAUUGCGAAAAGAGAAACCACCGGCUUGGAGCAGGCGAUGGCUUCCACUUCCACUGACCCUGACAUUGUUAAGGCGCCCAGGGAAAGUGGGAGCGGCAGGGAACCGGUCGCAAUAAAGGCAGAAUCGGAUAUGUUCAGCUCACAAGCCAAUAUUGGAGAUGAAAGAAGCGCAAAAACUGUGGAUCAAACCGAAACCCAAACUGCUAGUCUGAAAGAGAAUCUCAACGUCAAGGAAACGACGGUAGCCUUCGAGAAAAAUGACUCCAACAACACCACUGAAAAAAUGGUAAGUGAGGGGGAACUCAAACUGAAGGAGGCUGAAACCAGGGAACCUCACUUAAAUGGAGCUCAAGUGGAUCCCGUACAAGAACUGAAGGACAAGGAAGCUUCUGCAGACGCGGCAAUGGAAGAGUCAAGCAUCACAAGCACGUCUCAGUUGGAUAAAAACCCGACCAAUAUGACAGAUAAGAAAUCCACAGAAGCUCCUUUUAAAGAUGAACGUAUUUCGAAGGAGAUUUUAAGCACAACCACUGAACAUGUCCUGUUAACCGAGAAAGCACUUCAAAAAGAUGUGGUCAUAACAAACUCUCCUUUAAAAGAUGCACAACCUGAGAUUAAGGAUAAAACAACAGAUUCUGCAGCAAGCGAAAAGUCCACCCUUCCAUUAAAACCAGUAACUAUUGAAGUUCCAAGCACCACAGAGCGAGUGGUCAACACCACAACCACUCGAUCCUCCGAUCAUGGCCGUUCCAUGCAAUAUUCUUCCACCACAGAAGAAUGGAGCCAAUCUCUUGCUGCAGUUACGCCCAUGAAGUUGAUGCCCCUACCCAUGACUUCUGCACCGUCCAGCACCACUUCCACAUCAACGCCUUCGCCAACCACGUCAGUUUCCUUCGCCUCCAAUGAGAAUGUCAUCGAGGAGUCCACCUCCAAGUCAGAGGUGCGUCAAUUGCCUGAGAAGCGAGCCAAGUUUAUAAGUGAAAACUCCACAAAUGCCCAACAACUUACACUACCCAACACAGCAGAGGUGUGGAGUCUUGCUGGAAUGAAGGCGGUACCGAAGGCACCGAUAACUACCACUACCAGCGUGCCACUCCUUGACCACACUGAUCUCGCAAAUGAUAUAGACAUGCCCCUCAAUAAAACGGAGCUGCACAAGGAGAAGAAUCUCCUGGAUUGGAUGAACAUUGCCAUGCUGCCAUUGACGCCCGAGAAUCGUACCGAAUUUGUGGUCAGAACGACUCUGGAUGCCACAGAGGGAGCCACCCAGGCUACUACCGAAGCUUUGGCAGUGGAAAACCAUUCCAAAAGUGAUAUUACAGUAGGAUUGGAACAGGUUAACGUCACAACAGCAAGGACAAUGCCUUCAACACCUGAUCCUGGAUCGAUGGACCUGAAUAUGACGACCACAACUGUGCGCACGCAGCAAUUGGAAGUUCCCAUGGUGAAAAAGAUGGCCGAUGCAGCCAAUGCCAAGUUGACAGAUGCGGUUACAGACCCUCAAAGGGAAACAGAAGCAGCAACAGAGUCUGCAACAUCGGUUACAUUACCCGAGCAACAUGCAACAUCUGCCGUUACAGCGAGGAUUGAUUCAACACAAACGGAGCUGUUGAAUGUUACCACAGCAGCAGCAGCAGAAAAGUCAGGUGAAAUGUCGAAGGCAAAUUCAACAGAUACGUUAUCAGCAAUGACAAGCACAACUACUACCACAGCAACACCCAUGUCUGUGGAACAUAUAACGACUGAACCAGACAUGGAGGCAGCAACAUCACAGGCCACAACAGCUGCAACAUCAAGUGGAACCACGGAGGCAGCAGCAACAUCAUCGACAUCGGCAGCAACUCCGGUUGUCUCAGAGGCAGCAACAGCAGCAGAAGCAUCGGCAACAUCUGAGGCUACAACAGCUGCAACAUCGAGUGUUGCAACCACCGCCAGCACAACCGAAAUGGCAAUGAAAGCGACUCAAAUCAGCAACAUCAGCGACGACAACUACAAUGACGAUAACAGUAACGACGUCAUCGUUGCCACAACCAAAUUUCCAGAGACAGAGAGCGAGCAGGCAGCAACAACGGUGAGCGUUGAGCCAACAGCGACAACGGUUAGUGUGCGAGUGGCUGGCGAGGUGAGCACUUCGAUUCGGCCAGAAAUCAUCGUUACCAGUACGCGGAAUAGUACGAUCGCGGGCACAAGUACAUCGGCGACAAGUGUAGCAACACCCACGCAAACGGAAAUUGCGCAAAUUAGCAAUGAAGUGAAUUUGGAGGCAGUGACACUGAAGACGAGCGACGGCUCGAGCGAUACGAAUGAGUUAAGAACAGCUGAGAAAACCGAUAACGCGGUCAAUAACAGUGUGGCCAUAACAGAGAGCGAGUUGGGGGCAUUGGCAACAGCAGUGGAAAGCAACCCCACGACAACCACCAGUCUGCUCAGUGACGUGAGCAAGUUGAGCAAGGAGCACGAGUCCUCGCUGGAGACCAAUAACAUAGGCGAGGCGUCUCCCGAAUCGACGACACCAGCAACUGUUGCAACGGAUGUGAGCACAGCAGCGGCGGCAGCAACAGGUGGCCAGGAAAUCGUGAGGGAGGGUCAACAUCAUGAGGGACAACAGGUGGUUGAUGAGCAGGACACAGAGCAGCAGUUAGCCAAGGCGACGAUGGCGGUGACAACGACAACGACAACAACCAGUGCGACAACCACUACAACCAGUACAACAACAACCACAACGGAGACGCCCUUAACCACUACAACAAUGCAGCCGGUGGAGAUAAGUCUACUGGACGAUAGCACCACCAGCACCUCAACGACAACCACAACACCUGCACCACCCACGCGGGUGUACUUCGAGUCCUCAACGGUGGCAAGCACCACCAGUAGCAGCACCACCAUGCUGCCAGAGACGACAACUGCAUCCACGCAAUCACCAAGUCAAUUGCCACCGACAUUCAUGGCUCCAUACCCCAACGAACUGGAUCACAUGCAGACCAAUGCCCAGGGCAAUGGGACGGACGUGAAUGUGAUUAUAGCCAUCACGGUGAGCGUGAUCGGUGUGGUGGCCCUCAUCCUGCUGGUGGCAUUCCUCUACUUGAUGCGCAAGCGCCAGAAGCAGACGUCCUACGGCCAAAGGUGUCGUCCUGUGAGCUUGGAUGCCUACUCCCUGGACAACGUUUCGGUGCUGGGCAGUGUGAGGCGUAAGGGUCGCGAUGUGAGGGCCUCCAAGCGCACCUAUGGGAACGCCGCCUUCGAUGAUCCCUCGCUGCGGCACAAUCUCCUGACCGCCAGCGAACUGGCCCGCUUCGUGGAGCGGCGCUCCGACGUCUUCGAGGAGUUUCGGGACGUGCCGCAAAUCAUAGCCAGGGCGGACGAAGUGCCACCUGGUUGUGAGGACAAGAACCGCUACGCCAACGUGAUUCCGCUUCCUGAGACGCGGGUGGUGCUCCAGCGGCAAGGCGACGAUGACAAAACGGAAUACAUUAAUGCCAAUUAUGUGCGGGGCCCAAGAGAUGCACCCAACUACUACAUAGCCUGCCAGGCGCCGCUGGAGAGCACGACAAGCGAUUUCUGGCGCAUGAUCUGGGAGCAGCAGUCGCGGGUGAUCAUCCAGGCGACAGAUCUCAGUGAGAACGGCAUUGAGAGGUGCGCCGAGUACCUGCCACCAUCGGCGACUCUGGACAAUCAUAGCAGCUAUGGCGAUUACCAAGUGACCCUCAAGCAUCGCGAGGUCAAGGAUCGCUAUGCCAUUUCCACAUUGGUGCUGAAGCGAGUGGAUGGCGAGGAGAGCCGUGAGCUCACCCACUACUGGUACAAAUGGCCGGAGGCGGGUGUACCGGCCGAGGAGGCGCCCAUCAUUGCCAUGCUGCUGGAGGCGCGAUCCUCGCUGAAGUCCUACUGCCUGGAGCAGGCCAACGAGCUGCGCGAGAAGUCCGCGACCCUGGAGACAUCAAUGGAUGCAGACGGCAGCAAAGCCGAGGCGGGCAGCACGUCCAGCCACGAGAUUAAUGGAAACAUCUCAAGUCGAAGCGGAACACGCAGUCAGCAGGGACCGCUAACCGUUCACUGUUCUCCAGGCACGGGACGAACCGGUACCAUUAUAGCGUCGGACAUGGCCAUCCGCAGUCUGGAGACCCCGAAGCGGUCCGUGGACAUCCCCCAACUGGUUUACUACGUGCGACGCGGACGUGCCAGCGCCGUGCAGACCAAGGAGCAGUAUGAAUUUAUCUACAAGGUGGCCAGCAUGUAUGCGGCCAAGAUCACAAAUCUGUCCAAUGACAACUGAAUGCCAGAUGUCAGUGUCAGCGGCAGAGCCCAUCGAGUGGAAACCGAAUUUGCGAUUGAGUUCACCUUUCACCCUUCCAGCACUGAUCAAUGGGACCCUUUGUAAUAAUAGUAGCUAUGUUUUAUACGAGAUAUUAGUGUAAAUUAGUAUUAUGCUUGAAUGUUGGCACCUAAUUAAGCGUAUAUAUUCCUUUAUUAUUGUGAUAUAAUCGUACAUUCGUAUAUCUCCUGAUAAUCUGUUGCAUAUUUAUAAUGUCAAUUUUUGUUUUUGCACUGUCAAGAGCUCCGGGGCCAUAUAAUCCGGAGCAAAUGAUCAUUAUUUGGAGCUCUCCUUAUUUUAAGAAAGUCAAAUAUGUAAUCAAACAAUGUGUGUAUCUAUUUUAAACGAGCUUUAAUGUAUGUAAGUUAUUUUUAAGUCCACACCGAGCUGUACUGUACUCAUAUUAUUGUAAAUUACAAGAAAAAAUAUGUCCAGCA